AUGUAUUACAUAAUUGCUAUACUUGUACUAGUUUUAGCUAUUGCUUUUUAUUUUAAAUCAAAAAGGACAUCUGGAGUUUAAACAGCUAAUGCUAAUAAUUCGGUAAUUUUUAUAGUUGGAGAUAAAAAUGCAGGAAAAACAUCCUUGUUAUAUUGUGUAUAUAUAAUAUAUAAAAGAAUAGCUUUCAAACUAAAAUUCAUCAAUUUAAACAACAAAUUCAAUUGAGCCAAAUUAAACAGAAUUAGCUAAGCCAAAUAAUUAAAGUGUGAUUGUAGUAGAUGUGCCAGGAAAUAAUUAUCAAAAAGAAUAAUUUUUGAAUAAAAUACAAGAAGCUAAGAAGAUAAUAUUAGUUACUGAUUCAUCUGAAACUUCUUAAAUAGGAGCCACAGCUGCUAUCUUAUAUAACAUUUUAAUUUCGAUUCCAUUUUAAAAAUCAAAAAUCCCAUUAUUAAUAGUAUUGAAUAAAUAAGAUAAAGAGAAAGCAUAUAAGGCACCUGAUUUUGAGAUGUUUUUAUCUAGAGAAAUGUAAAAUAUAAAUUUAUUUAAAAAUAGAGAAAAAAUAAAGAAAUCAAGAAAAGCAGUACAAGAAUAGAGAGAGAAUACCAAUGAUAGAAUAAGAGUAAAAUAUAUAUUAAAUUAUUAUAUUAGUUUUAAGAGAAUUAAUUUGAUAUUAAUGAGUAUCCUACAAUAAAAAUAGUAGAAUAAAGUGUUAAAGAUUGUAAUAUCUAAGAAGUCUAAAAGUUUAUAUUUAAUUGAA